ACGGCCCUUGACAAAGAAGAAAGACGAAAUGGUCCGUGUAUUAUUUCGCGGAAUUGCCUCGCUUACUGGUAAUCAAGCACAACUUACGGCGCGAAAUGUUUUGUAAACAACAACAUACCCCAAAAAAGGAUAAGGAACGAAACGAAAGGAAAUCAAGGUUUAAAAAUGGUCUUAAUAUCUGCUACUAAAUCUGAGCAAGAAGACAAAUCAUUCCCUUGGGAAAAAGUUACUUUUACGUUAAGCCCUUCUGGUGAUUUUUAUGUGGAUGAUGACAUGAGAAAAGCAUGGUUGGAUUAUGGUUUUAUUAUUGUUAAGCAAUUGUUUUCAUCAGAAACAGUAAAAUCUUUAGAGAAAUGCGCAAUGGACCCGAAUGUUCAUGAGCGCCUGCAACCACGCGUUGAUGAAGAAGGUUACAAAGUCAAUUUUGUACUUUGGAAUAACUGGGACAAUGGGCUGUUUGGUGCUUGUUCAAGAUGUGAGAAAGUAGUGAAUCCUAUGGAAGAAUUUUUAGGUGGGGAAGUGUAUCAUUAUCACACCAAACUUGUGUUAAAGCAGCCUUGUGGUGGAGGGGCAUUUAACUGGCAUCAAGAUUAUGGCUAUUGGUACAAAAAUGGCUGCUUAAGUCCGGAUUUAGCGACAUUAUGGUUGCCACUGGAUAAAGUUAAUUCAAAAAAUGGUUGCUUAAAGAUCAUUCCUGGGUCACACAAGCUUGGACGAAUUGACCACAUAAACAUAAACAAUCAAGUUACUGCAGACCCAGAACGAGUUUUCCAUAUCUUGAAUAAAUAUGGUUUUUUAUAUGUGGAAAUGGAGCCAGGAGAUGGAUUGUUUUUUCAUUCCAAUGUGCUACAUUCAAGCGAUCAAAAUUGGAGUGAAGACAGACGCUGGGCUGUAAUUUCAUCAUAUAACCUACGAGCAAACGACCCAGUGUAUAAGCACCACCAUCCAAACUAUUACUAUCUUCAGAAAAUUAAAAACUCUGAAAUUGCUUCGUUCCAUGGGAAGUUUGCCACUGAUUAUAAAUUUAUGGUGGAUAGUCAAGACAAGUCACUGCGAGAAGGUUAUGGCCAAGAAGAUCGUGUAAAAUAAAUAUAUGAGUUCAAAAGGUUUGAAAGACUGGAUCAUAUCUUUUUCGCCUUAAUAAAACAAUUUGAGGAGUGCAGAAUAUACUUUUUAAAUUUUAUAAGCAGUAGCUAAUAUUUCUAGAGAGUCUGUAAACACCAGUUCAAAAAUUAAUGUAAAUCAGUUUUAGCAACUUCCAUACUCUUCUAUUUAGGAGCUGUAGUUUUAUAUUUAGCCAAUUUUUUAUAGUUGUCUUUUGUUUUGUUGUUUAAUCUUUCUAAAUAUUGUUAAAAAAAUAUUAUUUUUUUAUAAUUUUUAACAUAAAAUUUUACUUAGAAAUAGAAACGUUAAAUUGAUGAAAUCUUUUUUUACGUAGGCAAUUUUUAAAAUGAUUUGUGUAUAUUUCUAUAUUU